UAUUGGCUCCAGUGUCCUCUUCACAAGAUUCAAGAUCACCAUGGAGAUAGCUCCAAAACAACGUCUCACAUUUGCAUCCAUGUGGGCAUUUGAAGAUAUAGGGGUCAGAGAAAUUGAAGAAAAAGUCCAGUGCCAAUGCGAGUAUUCGAGCCCUGAAGAAGUGCUCGUCAUCAAAGGCGACCUUGAGGGGUCUGUACCUUCUCUUGCAGGGAUGUUAUGCGCUUUCAUUGACUCGCAGAAGAACAAAGACUUGCUCGAUAUGCCCAGGGUUCGCCUCUUGGAGCUCCCUACGAACUUUCAAGACAGCUCUUCCCCCAAUCCUACCCAAGAUAUCGCUGGAGGGCAAAAGCUGCUGUCUAUCGACGACGAAUCUGAUGAGGAUGUUGCAUUCUACUCCGUUACUCGAGUGACGAAAUUCUGGUUAUCCUCGGACGGCGGAAUCGGCUGCUUUGCAUCCAAUUCCUUCCAGGAUAUGCUGCUUGAAAUCGCGAAAGGCACUGGGACAGAAAUCUCUGUUAUCAAUAACCUCAAAGGCAUUCAAGUUUCUGGCAAAAGUGCAAAUGAUGUCGAUGAUGCUAUGAUGAAGCUUACUCGGAUUGAAAAACCACUGGCCUUGCUGCGUUCCCCGUGCGCAAAUAACAUUGCCGUGGCCAUCAAUGAAAAGGAGACACGAUACAGAGUACAAAGUUACGGAACUCUGAAUCCGCUGGCCCUGCGCCGUAUUCUGGUGAAUCCAAAUACGGCAACAAACAUUGGGUUAGGUCAGAUGUUUGUCACAGUACUUCUUGUAUUUGAUGAUGAAAAACAGGAAUUCAUAUUGCCUGAGAAUCUCGUCAAGCCCCCACAGAGUUCCGAUGAGCCUGGAACGUCACGUAUAUGGAAUGACUUCACGUUUCGAGAAAUUGGGAAGCCAGAAGUAUUCCUCCCAAGUAGCUCAACUACUGAGAAUAAACUUGACUACUCUCGGCUCAUUCUACUACGUCAUGCUUCCAGUCAUCCUUAUUUGAGCCCUGAAAAGGUCAAGCGAGUUGAUCAAUGGAUUUUCGAGGGACCAGACAUUGGGACAAAUGAUACUGGCUUGGAUUCUGAAGUUGAGAAGUCUUCCAAUGCUUCACCUUCCAACAGCUGCUCUUCAAAAAUGGUCGCUCGCGCAGAUUUCAAGAAAACACCUGGCAUUAAAACGCGAAGGGCAGUCCCAGCUGUUCAAGAAACUGCUUCUCAUGAGCCAAAUGCACGUAAGCUGCUAAACUCACCAGUCGGGCCUAACGACGACACCGCCGCUCCCCGAAAGCGUUGGAGGACGCUGUAUACUCAGCAGUCGAACAAAACCCAACAGGAAGGAUCUUCUUCAGUGUCCGUAGCCCGGGACAUGAAUGCCAAUCUUGAAGCAUCUGGGAAUAGCCUACACUCACCAGAAAGGUUGCAUGUUGAGAGAAAAGCAUUUAUGCCCACGACAUUUGACGCCACAAAAUAUGGUCUCAACAAGAUAUCCGAGCAAGCCACAAAAUGGAGGCAUGAUAGUCCAAAAGUUCAAGCAGGAGGCCAGAACACCGGUCCUUUGCAGAAGAAACAUCAUGCUAAACAAACCGAGCUGGUUGAUAUUUUCACCCCAAGCGAUGGCACAACCAUCAGCCCCCGCCCAGCCCUUCCAUUCAAUCAUCCGCCUCUGGUUCCCGCAAAGUCUACGUCUAGCCGGACAGAAAGUACAGCAUAUAGUCUCUUGAUCAACGACGUAUCGGCUCCUAGAUCUAUCGGUAUUUCCUGUGAUCUCAAUGGUCUCAAAUUUGAUGCAGACACUAUUCCAAAUGAAUCUAAAAGUCUAGAUUGCCGUGACAAAAUAUCCCCAAAUAAAACAGAUUUCGAGGUUCAAGCAGCUAGGCUACAAGGUGUGAGCAAAGCUUGCUGCCGAGUAUUGACUGAGAGUGGCUCAACAUCUGCCACCCCGUGGAAAAGUUUGGGAGAGUAUGCCCGGAGUUUGGAAAGGGAGAAACUCGCGGAACUGGGGAGACCUGCGCAGCCAGAGGAUAUACAACCAGUUGACGAGAGAGAGACUAGACGCUAUCACCAUAUUAUGUUUCAUAAGAUGGCAAAGCCGGGUGAGAACGCGAAGCUAAGCAAUCUUGAGAUCAGGGCCAAAAGGCAAGCUACUCUGGAGGACGCUUGGGGAAUUACCCAACUGCAAAAUCCCCAACGGUCUGCAGGGAACUUGGGCGUCCAAAAGUUGUCUUCCAGUAAGAAGACAAAGGAGACAUCAAUUACCCAGGGGAGUGAAAUAAGACAACAAAACGAGGCAAGCAUGAACGAGUAUAUUAAGAGCUUUUCUGAGGCUAUCAUGCCAAUCCUCGAGGCUGCUGAAGCCUUCCCGGGUACUCUCACAAUAGAAAUACAAGUUGGGCUUAUUUUAGUACCUCUUCUACCAAAAACCUGCAGCGAGGGCUCGAUGUCUCCCAGUGAGUGGUCUAGGAUUUUCCAGCCACGCAAUGGCCUAGCGGCGCCGACUACAAAAUUCUGCAACAGGGUAACAGCUUUCGGUUCAGACAUCGAUCGCAUUGUGGACAUCAAAACAUCCAGAUCAGGAGAGAAAUCCCGCAUCUUCGAACAGGAAUACAGCGAGUACCACGUUAGUUACGAGUAUCAUUGUCGAACCAAGUCAGACCAGCUUCUCCUCAUUGUCAUCGACGAGCAGGGCAAAUAUUCGAUUCAAAACCCAGGGGCAAUGCUGGGGGCAGUUAAUAUACAUUUCCCCGGCCAAACGUGGGACGCUAGGGCUGUCGUCAGCGGUUCGACAGAAUAUCGUUCUGGGACCAAUCCGGAAUUCGAAGAAGCAGCGCAAUACCUCAUCAACCACCUCUGGAUUCAGCCGAACAAACCUCAGAUUCGCAUUUUUUCCUGCCUCCCCAGGGGGGGAUUACUUACCGUUGAAAAAGUGCUGAUGAAGCGGUGGACUCGCCAUCGACUUAUUCAAGAGAACGACCCCGCCAAAGACCAAAAUGGCCAAGACCUCUUUCUACAGGUAAUGGAGGCUCAGGAGCUAUUCCUCGGAGUUACCCAGUCCCCAGUUCAUCAGCCCUUGAGGGCUCGAGGUGGACCACCCUGGGACAUGGCUCGGAGAGGGAAAAUGUGGCAUGAAGUUUCGCUGGUCAGUCCCUUAAUAGAAGCCAUGUUGAAGGCAAACGCGAAUCUCGAGGUUGGUGAGCAAACAAACGAUUGGCGAAGCACAGAUCUGUUUGGCAAGGAUGAUGCCUUACCCCCCAAUCAAUUGCCAAACCCAUUAAGUCCAACAGCAGCAGCCAUUGGGGGUGCAGGACUUGUGGGACUGUUCCGUCUAGCAAGAACAGUGGUAGAGAAAAUAGACUGGGCGGGAUAUUGGAAUCAAGGACCUUUCUCUGAUCACUCCAAAGUGGUGCCUGAUGACUGCCCGGAAAGCCUGGCAGCGGAAUGGCCCAGGAAGGAGUGGGAUUUCGAGGACUUGGAAAGCAUCAAGGAGGUACAAAGUGUCACUGAAAAUGUUAGCCUUUUGGCGACUUCUGCGGCCAGGUCUGUGAAGAACUACGAAACGACCUACUGGUAG